ACGUUGGUGUAGCGAAGCCCGACUCAAUCGACAGAACAAAUCGAGGCAACUCUUUGGAAGCGCUUCCUUUUAGUUGUCAACAAGGAAUGUGAAUGGAUACUGAAUAGUAGCUCUUAGCAGUAAAUGCUGUUCAAGCCGAUUGGGAAACACUGCUGAACAAAUAACCGCGUCUGUUCUGUAGUGUCACGUUGGUCAGACAUACCUUUUAAAUAAAGACAGAUGUGGAUUGAGUGAUACUCCUGUCACCAGGUCUCAGAAUAUCCAUGUGUAUAAUCUUCUUAAAGUUUGAUCCUCGGCCUGCGUCCAAAAAUGCCUACAGGCUAAUUUUGGCUGCAAAUAGAGAUGAGUUUUACAACAGACCGUCCAAAGCUGCCGACUUCUGGGGCACCAACGGUGAAAUCCUCAGUGGUUUGGACCUAGAGUAUGGCAAGGAAGGUGGAUCAUGGCUGGGAAUCAGCAAGAGGGGCAACCUGGCCGCCAUCACAAACUACAUGGAAGGACAUCCUAACCCUAACGCACAAGGAAGAGGGUUCCUUGUAUCGAACUACCUGAUGGAUAAGGAUGUAGACAGCUACUCCUACCUGAAGAAGGUGUCUGCAGACGGUCACAUGUACAACGGCUUCAAUCUCAUCACAGCUGAGUUCAAAGCCAAACAAGACACUGUGUGUUACUAUGGAAACAGAGGCAGCUCUGAACCCAUCCGUCUGAAUCCAGCAGGGAUCUACGGCUUAAGCAAUUCGCUCCUGGAUACUCCGUGGAAGAAACUUCUGAAAGGCAAGCAGCACUUUACCAAAGUCGUCGGCGACCAGUCUCUGUCCGGCGACGGAUUGGUCCAAGAGCUGCUCCACGUCCUUAACAACGAGGAGCUGAACACACCUGACCCACUUCAAGAGCAGCUGGGUGAAGGAUACAACAAGUCCGUGGUCCAGGCAAUGUCAGCUGUAUGCGUCCGCUCUCCUCAUUAUGGCACAAGGACCAACACAAUAAUCCUGAUAGAUGCAGAGGGGAAUGUCACCUUCACAGAGCGCACAAUGCUCGACGUUGACACGAGCAAAUGGAGCACCAAUUCUUUCCAGUUCAACCUCCAGGCGUGAAGACAAACUAGAGGAAACCCACUCUGUGCCUUUCUGCAACCCCUUUCCCCCUCCAUCAGCCACUCUGCUGCAGCUGCUCUGCCCUCGUUGCAUCACCAAGAGUAGAAAGACUUCUGUGCACUUUUUCUUCAGCUAGACGCCGUCUGUCUCAUAUACAUCACCGACAUGAAUUCUCUGCCCUUGAGUUAAAUUCAAAUAGCUUUUUUUUUUUCAAAUUGUGCUAAGUUAAAUAAAUCGUCAAAGGACAAUUACAUUUUUAUGAAUAAAAACGUUUUAUCCACAUGUCACAGAACACGCUUGCUGGGAUGCUUGACAAUGUCUAAUCUGUUAUUGUCCAGGCAACCAUAAAGACCUCGUGGUGCUGUCUAAUGUUGUUGAAGUCAAACUUUCUACCUCUAAAUUUAUAUUACCAACAAAAAAUACACUCUUUCAGAUUUCAGAUUGGAUCUUUUGAAGUCAAAUUACCAAAGUUUGAGGACAGAACAGCAUAUUAUAGAUGAAGGUAACCCACUCCAUUAGUGAUUACUUUGACAGCACUUGGGUAUUUCAGAAAUGUUAUGGUAUUUAUGGCAUCCUGUGUUGUUGAAUAAUGAAUUUACAGCUAGUAGACAUGGAAUACAUCUUAUUCAAUCACAUUCUAAAAAAAUACAUCAUGGGAAAGUGAAUAUUUGAAGAUUUUCUCUUUUUUUUGGACAUUUUGAAACUACAGUUUCACGUCUACUCUAUUUUUUAUGAUGAUUUUAUGUAAACUUCUGACUGCAACUGUAGGUGAUUAAACUCCUUGGUGUUAUUUGUGCCUAAAUAUGAUAAAGUAUGAAGGCUUAAGCAUGAUUUAUUUGUUUAAAAACCCAAGACCUUUUUCAUACAAAUAACAGAUUUCAGUAUGUUUUAAUUAUACAAUUCAGCAAUGUAGCUCAUCUUACAUCAGCAUGCAAACAGCGACAUCUUCUGGCCAAGUGUACUGAAAUAAAGCAUUUGUUUCUUA